CCCUCCUAGUUCGAUCAGAGACACUCUCUCUCUGGUUCGAUCCACUCUGGAUUAUUCUUGGUUUCAAGUUGCCGGGAUAAUUUUUAAUUAAAAUUUGCCACCUUUUGCCAAAACUGGAAUGAAAAUUAAACAAGAGUCAGAACUCGUUCAGUCUUUCAACUGCCUCUUGUUUAAUAAUUGCAACGACUGAUUUUAAGGAACCAACCAUCGUCGCAGAUAAAAAAUGACGCUUGUAAACCAUGUCUCCAGUGUGCCAUUCUUCAUGUGCAUCAUAUUCACAUUGAUAGUUUUCACAACAUUCGUCGACUUUUCCUUGGCCUCAAAUGGAGAUAGAUCAUAUAUUUUUGGGAAAUGUGUGCAAGGAUGCUCUGGAGCCAACUGCUCCAACUUGACAGAAUUUGUUCUCAGUCAACCUGCCUAUAUGAAGUUCCUUCAGUGGAGUUGCCAAGACGAGUGCAAGUAUCAGUGUAUGUGGACCACAGUUGAUGCAUAUCAACGGGACAGGAGUGAAGUCCCUCAAUUCUAUGGAAAGUGGCCUUUUGUUCGCUAUGCAGGUGUACAAGAACCGGCUUCGAUGAUAUUUUCGCUGAUGAAUGCUCUGUCCCAUUUGGCUAUAUUCUACUACAGAGCUAAAGUGCCUUCAUCAGCUUCAAUGUACAGAGUCUGGCAUUUAAUGGCCUUGAUUGGAAUUGUGACCUGGCUUUGUGCUUCAGUUUUUCACACCAGGGACACCCCAACCACUGAGAAAAUGGACUACUUCAGUGCCUUUGGACUGGUCCUGUUCAAUUUAUUUUCAUUAAUCUGCAGGGUUGCAGGUACAAGCCAUAUAAAAGUGCUUCUUCUUGUUGGGUCAGCGUUAGUUGGACUGUACAGCUACCACAUCUACUACUUGGCCUUUAUUCAUUUUGACUAUGGAUAUAACAUGAUCGUCAAUGUGGCUGUAGGAGCUGUCAAUGCAGUUGGCUGGGUUGUGUGGUGUUUCUAUCACCUCAAACAAAAGCCACAUUGGUGGAAAGGUGUGCUGGUGAUGCUGGGCCUCAACGCUCUACUUUUGCUGGAGUUGGGCGACUUCCCCCCGCUGCUGUGGACGUUUGAUGCUCACGCCAUCUGGCAUGCCGGAACUGUUCCACUUAACUUACUGUGGUACAGUUUUAUAACUGAUGACGCUUUGCAUGAAGUGAAAGUCAGAGGAAUGCCGGAAUUCAAGAAGAUGCUUUGAUUGGCUUCUUGAUGUCAUUAACCUAUCAACAUGUUUCUUCAACAUUAAAAGUGAAGUGACAUCAAGUUCUUGCCAUCUGUGAUCAGUCACAUUGCUUUUAUGAGGUCAAUCAUUAUCCCACCGUGUUGUAAAUGUUUUAAAUAACCUUUGAGUGGCUUAACCAAAGAGCUCAGUAAACAACUAUAUAUUGUUCAAGUCUGACAGAGUGAAUGCCACAGAAGGGCGGAAAGGGUAGAAGGAGCAGUGAGCAUUUCUAGAUGCUUCAGAGACGAGGCUGGAUUGUGCACAAGGAGAAAACUUGUCAGUCUGUGGGGACAGCACUCUGUACAUGUACAUGCCUCUGUGCUACAAAAAUACAUCACAUAUAAGCUCUACAUUAUUUACCCAAAAUAGUGGUCUACUAAGGGUAAAUAUAAUAGCUAGAAGCUACUGUUGAAAUGUAGUUUCUAAUGCCGCUUUCAUUGUCAUAUCAAUAUCUUGUUCUUUUUCAUGCUUGUGUGGCAUACACCUCAGUGUGGGCUUCACAUUCGCCACCCUGCACAGAUCAUACUGCUAUAUGUUGUGUCAUAUUUUAGACACUUUUGAAUACUCUUUAUCUUCAUCAUCACCAUCAUUACAUUUUGGGUUGAAAUUGAUGGGGUGUCAGUCCUAUAACAACAUGUCAUGCGGAAUAGAUUAAGAUAACAAAAAUGCUAGAGCGGAGGAAAUGGAGAAGACCAUACCAGAGAGCCCACAAACCAGCUACUUCUGUCCACUUGACUGCUAAUUUACUAUUUUUGUUAAAGUUAAUGCUUUGCUUGAUAGACUGACCCAAAGCUGAUGCUCAAACUUGGACUACACAUUCUUUGUAGUUUGAAAAUAGUCAAGAACUUUUCAUCUUGUCAACAGCUGUUGUGUGAUGUCAUACAAUCACAAUCCAUUUUUUCAUUUGCAAGCCGCUUCAAGGACAUUGUGCCUCUGUUUUCAUUCUCUUUUUGUCCCAUGUGACAUCAGUUUUUGCUCAAUAUGAUAUGACUUCUAGUUAAAUGUGCUCCUGUACUUUUUGAACUAACUCAGUUUUGUAUACUGAUAUAUAAUAUGUAGGGUCUAUAAUUCUAUAUCUGUGAAGAUCAUUUCUUGCUUUGCAUUUUAGUGUUCAAUCUGAAGAUCAAAUUAUGUCUUGUUCUGCUAAGAGACCAUUUCGGUUUCUAAAUAUGUGAGUGUGCAGAGAGAGUGGAAAAUCCGAGUUCUAUGAUUGAUUGUAUGGUGGUUGAUGUAUUCCGUGUACUUUUUUAAGAACCCUCAUUGACAGUGCUCUGACUGCCAACAAUUCACUUUUCUCAAAUCCACAACAGAAGAGAUUUGAAAAAUAAUAAAAUUUCAGUUGCACCAGUCAGUAUUUGAAAUACUCAAAUAUACCUGAAGUACAUAUUAUUUAUAGAAAUGAAAUACACUUUCUGUGUACUGUUACCGUUUCUGACUUGAAUGACGUUUGGUCUAAACUGUCCCCACUUUUCAAGGAUGCCCAUAACAGAUUUUGUCAAACUAAAGAUAUGGUGGUUCUUAGUAACAAGUACUUUUUACCCUUCAAGUUGUCGCUGCACCUGCUUUUCUCAUUGAUAUUUGGUAAUUGAAAUGUAAUAGAAAUUGAUUUAUGCAGUAGGCUGUACAGAUUAAAGUACUGCAUAACUCACCAUAAACUGCUCUUAGACGUACUAAAUGGUGGGCACUUACUGAGAAGUUGAUCAAAUGGUACACCUGAAUAACCAUGGAUCUUAAUUCUUAUUCUUACUGCCAUAUUCUUAUCCUCCACUCAAUUCAGUCACUAAGAAGUGGGCCUUUUUCUGUACUCCCUUGUUGAAAAUGAAACACUUGAGCAUUCAGUCUUGAUACAUAUCACAUGUUUAUAAGCUUUUAUCUUGUUUGAAAAUAGUAGUUGUAUUCGUAUAACUGGAUCUCAGCACUCUGCAUGAUGUAAAGGGGAUUCCGACUUUUUGAGGUCAGUGGUUUGUUCAUGUUCACUGUACCUGUAGAAUGUUGAAUGAAAAAGGUUUGUGAUGAUGUAGAAAUCUGUGUCUUGUUUGCUCUUUCUAAAACUUUUUUUGCAUUCUUUUCUACUCAGACUGCUAUUUCUUUUAUGUAUUCUGUUGUUUUCUUUUCCAGCUUCAUCUGUCAUACAUGUAUAUAUUCUAUUUCCCUGGCCCAUUCUUUCCAGCUUUAACCCUAGAUGAAAGAGUCAGGUCUAUGUUUAUGCCAAGGCUCAAAAGGGUUUAAAUUUACAAGAUAGCUUGUUCGAACAGGGGCAUUUUAAUUAUUUCGGAAGAAACUUUGUUUUAAUUAUUUUCAUUUUAGUUCUAUUUCGAAUGAAUACCAUUGCUGUAACAAAACUGAGGAGCCCCAGUAAUGUAUCAUUUUGACUGUUUUGUUAAUUCAAAUUCUUUAAAAUUCCUAAACCCAAUUCCUUAAUGUGUAAAGUGUCUUAAUGUAAAACUUGUCAUUUUACCGGAUUUUUGGUUCAAAGUGAGGAAUGUUAGUGGCCCAUGCAUCCAUUCUUCUUAAGGUAGUGUUCAUGCUUUCAGUGGAAGCUGAACCAUCAAGAAGUGUUAUGAAUUGAAUACUGUAUGAAAACAAGCUCAAGAUCCCAUUGAAUCAUGUUCAUGAACUUUGGAAAGUAGCAUGUCAUUGGCUCUCUUUUUUCCGUUUUGGAUUGAGCAACGUUUAAAGCUGCAUAUAAUUCCAUACCCAGCUUUUUAGGAGCAGAAAAGGAUCAACAGUGAUAUAGCUUACAUUUUAUGAGGCAAAAGAGAAAUAUGAUCCUCAGCAUACAGCAAUUCGUUUUUAAAUGACUGGGUAGUUCAUCUCUUUCCUGUGUUGAAAAUGGCAUGGCAAUAGACACUUUAGAACUUCUUCAUAAUAUUCUUUCUUUCAAAAAAAUAUUUGUGUACAAGGAAAGAUACUUACCUCAUAAUAUAUGGAACUGUUUCAGUAGAGCUCAGAUCUAUGGCACUUAUGGUUUUACAUGAAUUCUAAUUUCAGCAUUAUAUUAUUAUAUUUUUGUGAUCCUUUGACAUUUUUUUGGUAUGUUUGAACAUAGAGUCCCUGUAUGCAUGAUAUUUUUCCCCCUUUUAUGUCAAUGUUUUUGGAAUUAUUUUUUACCCUAUUUUUUGCAUAACGUAUUUUGAGAUUGUUGUAAGGCUUGAAGAUGAGCCAGUAAUGGACAUGCAAAUUUUGUUGACUGUUUGCUUAGUGGUGCAUAAAUGUGCAAUUCGGAGACUCGUUAAUGUCUGAAAGAAUUAGAAUGUUACAAUUUUAACUCUAUUAAUAAUAGUGUUUGUGGUAAUAAGUGGUUUGAAAGACAAAAAUAUCCUGUGUUUUAAGUGUUGUGAAAUGUACAUGAUGAACAAUUAGUAGUAGGUGUGUCUUGAGUAUGUUUGUAUGUAAUAUUUAUGCACAAGUACAAGCUUUAUUAUAAACAAUCAGGCAUAACUUUUUCUCAGUGUUUAGUAUGAUGCUGUUAUAUUCUAUAUGUUGGAAUUGGAUUGUUGUUUUAAUUCUUUUGAAACUUGGUAUCAAAUGACUGUGAUGCUUUAAAUACCUUUUGUAUGUGAUUUUUCAAGGAAAUAAAAGUUUCUUGGUUGUUUUGUCAAAA